UCAGAUAGUGUUUGACUUGACAAACACAGUGUCCCAUUCAGCGACUCGCGUUACACCACUAGCUAACCGAGGAGACAUUAAUAAGUAACUUCAAGUCUAGCUUGCUUAAGCAUCAGACUGGUCCUUCAGCAGCAGAGCUUUCAGCAGAGGAGUAAAUAAAUAUACAGCAUGCUGCCUGACAAAGAUGGUCCAGGUGUUGGAGGCGGAAAGAGCUGGCCUGAGGGAGAAGACCCCUCUGUGAGUCUGUUCAGAGAGUACCUCCGUCUCAAAACUGUCCACCCUGACCCUGACUACGAUGCUGCUCUUCGGUUCCUGGACAGAAUUGCGGACGAGCUUGGGCUACCCAUGAAAAAGAUUGAGGUUUGUCCAGGCAGAGUUGUGUCGAUCAUGACAUGGGCAGGGACCGACCCGACCUUGAAGUCCAUCUUAUUGAAUUCCCACACAGAUGUUGUACCCGUUUACCAGGAACAUUGGAAAUACGAUGCUUUCAGUGCUUUCAAAGAUGCAGAGGGCAACAUUUAUGCCCGGGGAUCACAGGACAUGAAAUGUGUAACUAUACAGUACAUCCAGGCAGUCAGAAGACUGAAGGCAGAGGGACGGAAACUGAUGCGCACUGUGCACUUAAUGUUUGUUCCUGAUGAAGAAGUUGGAGGUCACAAGGGAAUGGAAACAUUUGUCAAGCAUCCCGAGUUCCAAAAAUUAAACAUUGGCUUUGCACUUGAUGAAGGUCUGGCCAACCCCGGCGAAGCCUUCACUGUGUUUUAUGGAGAGAGGAACCCCUGGUGGAUCACAGUCCACUGCCCAGGCAGUCCAGGUCAUGGGUCUAGGUUUGUGGAGAACACAGCUGCUGAGAAGCUGCGCCAAGUCAUAAACUCCUUCCUGGACUUCAGAGAGAAGGAGAAACAUAGGCUAAAUAUCAGUGAGUGUUUCACGCUCGGUGAUGUCACCACUGUCAAUAUGACCAUGGUCAAAGGAGGCGUGUCCUACAAUGUCAUCCCACCUGAAAUGGACGUCAGCUUUGACCUAAGAAUACCACCAACAGUGAAUCUACAGGAGUUUGAAAGACAGAUCAAAACGUGGUGUAAAGAAGCAGGAGAAGAUGUCACUUAUGAAUUUGCUCAGAAACAUAUGAACCAGAAUAUGACUUCGACGGAGGAGAAUGAUCCUUGGUGGAGCGCCUUCAGUGCAGCCUGCAAGGCAAUGAAUGUGACUCUGGAAAAGGAGAUAUUUCCAGCUGCCACAGAUAGCCGUUUUAUCCGAGCUGUGGGAAUCCCUGCUAUCGGCUUUUCCCCAAUGAACAGGACGCCAAUCCUGCUGCACGAUCACAACGAGUAUCUGAAUGAGCAAGUCUUCCUGAAAGGCAUCAGCGUGUUCGAGAGGAUCAUCUCCGCUAUUGCCAGUGUUCCUGCCGGUCCUGAUGAGGCUUAGACAAGUCUUCAUUCUUAAUCCUCUCUAAAACACAUUUUUCUGAUGAUCUGAAUAUUUAACUUGAAGAAUUUGCGGACAUGACCAAAGAAUAAUAACAUGUAUAUCGUAAGCCAAAACUGAGCACUUAGCCUUUGGUACCGUGGACUUUUUGUUUUGUUUUUAUUAUUCUCAGGAUAAAGGCGCAGUAAGCUUUGCAUUCCUCAGUUCUGCUGCAGUUUUUAACUAUGUCAGCAGUGUUGAUUGAGUGUGCCUGUGUGUAUGCAGUCUUAAAGAUACAUCACCUAUUGUUUUUCCAUUAGUAUGGAAAUAUCUACUUACUAAAAUGUGAAGAUGACUUUGAUAAACAAUCAGACGUCACUCACUCAUUGCCACUUUUCAAAUUUAGCUUGAUUUUAAAACUAUAAUUACUCAGAUAUCAUUUUAUUUAAGAAACUGGACACUUGAAUAAAUAUAUUUGUUCAUUA